AUGACGCUCUUCAACCCGACCACCGUCCUCGUCGGAUUCCUCCUGCUCUACCUCUCCUCGUUCCUCAUCUUCGCUAUCGUCCGCAUCGCGACCGGAGUCUCCAUCCAGCGCAUUGGCUAUUUCUCCCUCCGACGCAUCGCUUACUCCCCCAAGGAAGGUGUGCACAUCGAGCUACGUGGUCUCGGCCUCUCGCUACAUCCCCCCUCGUUCGCCCAACCGACAUGGCUGAGUCUUCGGUUUACCGAUCUGAAGGUGACUUUGGAUCGGUCCGCGCUGGAGAAGGGGAAGGAGAAGGAGAAGGAGAAGGAGAAAGACACCGCGGGCAAGACGGAGACGCCGCAGGAACCCCUGAGCCCCGGUGUGGGGAAACGUCGACCGGAUGAGGGGGUUGACUCGUCGUCGCCGGCGCCGAGUAAGACGUGGAAGACGUUGAAUAAGUUGAAGGAGUCCGUGAAGAAACUGCAUCGGAAAAUUCACUGGUUAAAGUUGGUGGAUGUGGUCGCGGUCAAUACAACCCUCAAUUUCGUCGAGGCCGGUCAAAUCCAGGUCGGGUCUCUCUCCUUGGCCGUCGACACGAGGCGGAAAAUGGUCGAUCGGGGAAAAGUGUUUCGUCGGAACAAGAACGCAUCUGGGGAGCAGCCGCCGGCGGAAUGGGUCCUCAAUGUGCAGAACGUCCUCCUUUCGGUCGAUGGGGGCGAGCCGACCGAAUUGUUGGACAAUAUUGGGGUGAACGUCCACGGGAUCCUCCACAGAGACUUCGAGGGGUUGCGCGAUGUCUCGAUCGCGUUCAAGAUUGGGAGAAUGCACAUUCCCUACGACGACCUGAUGACUGUGAUGCAGCGGAUUAAAAAGUUCCGGCAGGGCGGCACGAAUGCGACACCGAACGACCUGGAUCGCGAAACAUAUUUCGACGACUUCGUGGAGGAACUGGAAAGGCCCGGUAGCCGCGAUGCGGAGAUUGUGCAAACAGUCGCCGAUUCCAAGGAAUUCGCCAGUUCCCUGCUCCGUGGAGUGCAAGAGAUCCAGGUUGCCUUGAGUUUCUUCCGGUUAUCCCGCGCGAUCCAACCCGCCUCUCCCAAGCAGAGCUCGGUGUAUCUGAACGUCGUGUCCCAUGAGCUAGGCCUCGACCUCCAUCGCAUGGAUCAGCACAGCCCUGCUCAUCGGAUGUACUUCCAGCGGAAUGAUGUCGCUCAUCAAGCUCUCCUGGCCGCCAUCUCCCUCUCGGUCAGCCUCGAUGAUAGCUCCGGAGAAACCGAUAACAUCCUAUAUAUUCCCAUGGCCACGACGACUAUCAAGACCACGCUCCCCUCCAAAACCAUCAGCCAUUUUGACGAAGUCAACCCGGAAGACAAGAACACGAACAUCCUUUUCGCCAACUUGGUGGUCACGUCCCCAUCGCUCGACCUGGAGCCGAGACAUGUUUCCCGGCUUCUGGGGUUGGUCCAAGACAGAACGCAGUCGCCGCGGGGGAAGAAGAAGCAGAGGAAUAACCACCGAUUAAUUUCUCGAUUGCUUCCCAAAACUAACAUCAAACUCUCGGUGCACGAGCCCGUCAUCCGCUUCGUCCUCCCGAUCUCCCCCGAAUCCAAAAGCACAUCCGAGGAUUACAAUCUACUCAUCUCAUCUAUAUCAUCUAUAUCCCUCGACAUAGAAUCCUCCCACUCGUCAGAAGGGGGUGUUCAUUAUUCAUUAUCAUCCAUUUAUCGGGUGGCUUCUCACAAACUAUACUACCAAACGCCUUCGGGCAUCAAACACAAUCUUCUUACCACGGAGAACCUUGAAAUCAAGAUCCUACUCAGCGCAUCGCCUGAAGUGUGCGUGAUUGCUUCGGGAUCCUUGAAUACCUGCUCCGCUCACAUGGUCAACGGGGAGGUCAACCAUGGAAUCCAGCAGGUCGUGGAACAGUUCAAAUCGCAACUGGGCCCAAAGACGGGAGUACAUCCGCCCGUUGAGGAAAGAAAACCGAGUUUCCUCAGACGGGUGCCCUCCUGGUUGCUUCGAUUCCAGUUCGAAGCCACGAGUUGUAGUCUGGAGAUCGCCGGGAUUGACCCGAGCGUGUCGAAAGUCUCGCGUGGUGUUUCGUUGCAGCUUCAAUCAUGGACCGCAGACUACAGGGCGCAGAAAGUCGAACCGACGACCAUCAGCAUAUCACGCAGGCGAACGCCAAGCCACUCGACCAUCGGUGGAGAUGAGUCUCCGUUCAGGUUUCCCCCAACGUCACCUCCGAAGCAGACCCCGCGCGGUGCUGCGGAUGGACGGCGGCUGGCUUUCCAUGCCCGUGUGUUCGAAGGCUUUGUUAUCGAGUCAGACGACUACUUAGAACCAGAGCCCUUUUUCUCGCUUCCCAGGUUCGAAGUCGCGCUUAGUACGCUGAGUGAUCGCGUCGGACCGAUCUUCAACAUCAACUCGGUCUUCAAAGGCAUUUACCUACAGUAUUCGCUUUAUCGGUAUUACUGUCUCGGCGUUGCGCUAUCCGUGCUUCAAACGGCCUUCAUGCACUACGCCACACCCGCGAUGCCAGAUCAGCCGCCACCCUCACAGGGGGGCUCAAAGGACUUCUCGUACCGCCCGCCCCCUCCCUCUCAGCGACGUGAGCUUGUCACCGUCGAUGUGAGGGCCACUGUUGUUCAGCUCAAGACCUCUUUACCUGCAGACCCGCCAAUGCUGUUCCAAGUAUACGGAUUUACCGCGGGCUCCCACCGCCUUUCCGCUCCCUUCCUGAGAGCCGGUUUGGUUCGGAUCCACGCCGAGGCACCGAAGCUCAAAGGCGUGUGGGCGAGGAUCGUGGGAAUGACCAACGUGAAGGUUGAUCUGCGGCGGCUGAAGUUGAAGCACGGUGCCAACCUUAUCGAAGAGAAGUCCAUUGACGUAUGGGCCGAUUUCAUCCGGGUGGGCGUCCCUCACCACAUGGUCAUGCAUCGUAUUUUCGACAAUUUGAUCAACACCUCCAAAGCCCUCAAGCAACUUCACCAUCGCCUCCAAAAUCGCUCACCGGAUUUCAUCUCCGUACGAGAACCGGAGGAACCCAAGAAAGUCCCCAGGAUAUCAGUACGGAGCAAAGCCUUGCUUUUUGAACUGGAGGAUGAUGCAUUUGAAUGGAAGUUAGGUUGCAUCUACCGGACUGGUCUUCUGGAACAGCGCCAGCGUCAGGCUCGCGAAGAGGCUUUCGAGCUCAAACUGCAAAAAGUCAGAGACUCAGGCCAGCGGCGCGCGUCAUCUAGGUUACGGGCAAGGUCUAGCCACCGUACCCUUCGCAGUGAACGAGUCAGCCAAGAAACGAGAAGGAGCAAAAGCGCUGGGCCAACGCCGCGGAACGACACCAGCGACAAGAAACGUGGGAGAGGCAGGAAGCUCCGUUACGACACCGAAGGGGCUGCCUGCAUUUCUUGCGACUCCAAGGUCUCCGACGAGGCUGCUUGGUAUCGACUCCAGGAGCACAAUGCUCGGGCGUGGAAACAGAAGAUCGACUCUGCUUUGAAAUUCCAGGGAUCGGCGAUCAAGGAAGUGAGACAUUUGUUCGCUGGAGUCGACGAGCCUCCUGAGGAUGUCGAGGAAACGGAGACGUUGCUUUCCAUCCCGAAUAGACCGGCUUUGCUGGGGGCGUUGAUCAGUGAUAUUAACCUCGUCAUUGACAAACCGUUCUUCCCCGUGGAGGAAUACCCUGUUUUCCUCCAUAAGAUUGGGAAAGGGAUGCCCAUGGACAUGAAGUAUGGAUUGCUUAUUCCAAUGAGCUUCAACCUCGAUAUGGGCGAAGCCCGAGUCACUUUGCGCGAUUACCCCUUGGACUUAAUCCAUAUCCCGGCUUUGCGUCCUGGGCAGUCCCCUAGGCUACCCAGCUGGUCGCUUCGAACCAACUUCGUGAUCGGCGAGGAGUUCCGCGACUACAAGUCCGCGAGACAGGUCCAGCUGCAGUUAGUGCCACCCGGAGAGCUCCCAGAUGGCACAGCAAGCCCACCGUUCGAUAUCAAGGUCUGGCGGUCCGUCUCCCCAGUGAAGACCUAUUCCGACCCUACCAUCGAGAUCAACACCAGCCUCCCGACCAGUAUUUCCUGGGGCAUGUCAUACCAGCCCGUGAUCCAGGACAUGAUGAAGAUCAUCGAAGGCUUCACGAAGACGGAAAUCGACCCGUCGGACCGGGUUGGCUUCUGGGACAAGAUCAGGCUCAGCUUCCACUCUCGACUCAGGGUUGUAUGGAAAGAGGACGGCGAUGUCCAUCUACGCCUGAAGGGCUCUCGCGACCCAUACGUGGUGACCGGGUUCGGCGCUGGAUUUGUCAUCUGUUGGCGCAAGGAUGUCAAAUGGGACAUCCAUACCAGUGACGACCCGAAAGAACUCAUGGCUGUCACCAGCGGUGAAUUCGUCAUGGCCAUACCCGACUACAGCCACGAGGCCCGAUACAUGGCGGAGGCCACAACCCACGACAUGGAGACCGCGUCAUCGUCGAGCGACAUGAAGAACGCAGCCCUCUUUAAGAAGGUUGUCAUGAAACUGUCUGGGGACGUGAGGGUGGGUGCUGGACUGGUCUUCGAGCGCAAUCUCAGCGAAUCCGAGCGGUCAUUCCUUUUUAAACCCCAUUAUGAGGUUGUUCUUCGGAAUCCUCUCUACGUGGACCCUGCCGAAAGAGAGGUCUACGACGCCUACCGUGGCUUCCGGAGUAACCAUAUCCACUUGUCAGUUGCUGUUAUCGCGCCCGAGAGCAGGAACUGGUGCGUGAAUCAUGUGCAGCCGUCUUCCAGCUACAACGCCAUCCAUCUGUCUCCCCGCUUCUUCACUCACUUCUUCAACUGGUGGUCGCUGUUCUCCGGUGUCAUGUCGCUCCCAGUUCGCCAGGGACCGCUCUGGCCGGGUAUUACGAAGACGAGCAAAAAGUUCAAUCGACAUCUCGCAACGGUGAAGUACAAGGUGCUCCUUGCCCCGCUCUUUGUGGCGCACAUCUACAAACACAAGGACCGGGAAGACUAUGCCGAAGACGUCGUCACAGCGACAGGAUUGAAGGUCCGCCUGGACAGCCUGAAGCUCGAUCUCCAUCAAAGACGUGAACAGAUCAAGACACUGGCCAAAGGACGUCUGAAGCAGACACAAGCGAGCGCUAUGCGCAUCAACCAGGCUCAACUGGACCUGCAGGCGGCAGACUUCAGGGCUGUCUCGGCAAGCAUUGAAGGCACCAAUUUCGAUGAUAUUGAACAGAACAAGGACGACAUCAUAUCAUCAUUCCAGCAACCCGUUGCAUCUGUCGAUCUGUCCAAGUUCACAAUCCCCGAUCAAAACCUGGACUGGGUCGACAUGGAUGAUUUCGUGGAGUUGGACUGGAUACUGCCCCAAGAGUCGAACCCUCGAACGCAGAUCUUGCCGCUGGCUUUCACCCCGUGCUUUACCUACUUCCGUGAAACGGAUCACGGUGGGAUAAUGCCGGACCAAACAGGCUACAGCACGUUUGGACACGAGCCCACUCACGACUGUGUCAUGUCGGAGAAUAACGAGCCUCGGCGGGUGCAGAUGGAACUCAUCAGGGACCGUCUUGCUACAGUCGAGGCCCAAAUCCGGGAUUGCGAGCGCACAGUUGGGGAGCAGGAACUCCGGAUGGCGAGAGAGGCCGGCCACGACCCCGCGCUGAAACAGAAGCACGCCGACUACAUGAGGCAUUCCGAGUCUCUCACGAGAAGACGAGGCUUCCUCGUUGCUGGCCUCCAGCGUUUGGAGAGACAGCUGGCACGGGAGGAGAAGACACCCGCCGACAAAAACCCCGAAUCCGUUGCGGCCGACAGCGCUUCUAGGACGGGCUUUGAUUCGCCAGUUGAGGGCAGAGACGCUGAUAUGGACGGGUUCUACUCCUCUCCCAACGACGAAUUCGCGAGCGACUUCAACAACCGUUUCAUGCUGCACAAUACCCAGUUCAAGUGGAACAACUCGCUCCGGAAUAUCAUCUUGCGGUAUAGUCACCAGGUGGGCCAGAGGCGCGGGUUCGUCUACUACAUGUCUCGACGAGCGGUCAAGUUCAUCUUGGACAUCGUCGACGAGCAGAGCAAGAACCAGCGGAGACAGUCGAAGCUAUUCCGCUCCGCGUCAAGGCGGCCUUCCGAUUGCCGCGGUCUGGUCGACGAUGACGACGACGACAGCGUCGAGGAGCGCAUCGAGCAGCUGCUGAACGACGCCAAACGGUUUGUGAACGCGGAGGAGCUCGACGCAGAGGAGAAGAAGAAACAGGACAAUUCGAGCUCCGACGGCUCCAGCGAGAACAUCAUGCCGGAAUUCACGCCGCAAAACAGCUACCAUCUGCGGCUCAUCGCGCCUCAGAUUCAGCUCCAGAGCGAGAAGAACCAGAAAUCCGUCCUGCUUGUCGCUGCGAAGGGCAUGCAGCUGCAGGUUGUGUCGAUCAUGGAUAAGGAGCGUGUGUCUGACGAUGUCAGCGGCCUGGUGCAGCGCCGAUUCUCGCUCGACAUGGACGGGGCCCAGUUCUUCGUCGCGACGCAGAAGAACUUGAUGAAUCAUUUGCAGUUCUAUGCUGGCAACAAAUACGGCAACUCUCCCGGCUCCGCGUGGCCGCCUUGGCUGACGCUGGAAGCGAUGUUUGAUUUCGAAUUGAAUCCCUUCGGCUUCUCCCGGAUUAUUCAGAAGACGUCGGCCAGUUUGCGCUACGACAAGUACAAUAACCUGCGUCUGAAGUAUAAUGAAGAGGUGGCCAAGGGGCAGACUGAUCAUCCCCACCUUCUCGAUGGACAGGAGUCGCGAAUGGACCAGAUCAGCGUCGACUUCCCCCGCUUCCGCGCCAUCUGCGACUCUGCGGAGUAUUACUCGAUGUACAUCAUUGUGCUUGACCUGCUGCUUUACCGCGAGCCGUUGGAGAAGGUCCGAAAUGAGCGUCUCGAAAGGAUCAUGCUCACCUCCGAUUUCAGCGAUCUGAGAGGCGCGCCGGAGAUGGUGUUCAAGUUGCAGGCGCGCAUUCGGCAGCUCGAGGAGAUCAAGGAGCAUUUCCAGAUCCACGCCAAAUACUUGGAUCGACAGGGCUGGGAGGAUCGCUUGAUGCUUGAAAAGGAUCUUUCCCAGUGCGAGGAUGAGCUGUUCUUCUUGAUGAAGGCUAUCACGACGUCUCAGCGGAAGAUCGAGCCGACGAUGGGCGGAGCGAAUGGUGUUCUGCGCUGGAAUAUCUCCGCUAGUGAGAUUGCCUGGCAUUUGAUGAAGGACGAGACGGAGCCGCUGGUCGAGUUCCAACUGCGGAAUGCUGAGUAUGACCGUACGGACAAUAGCGAUGGCUCGAAUCACAAUCUCGUGGCCGUCGAACGUCUCUACGGGUUGAAUCUGCUCCCUGAUGCCAUUUAUCCUCAGAUUAUUGUGCCGUAUCUGGAUCAGGCAAAGAAUCUAGAUGACCAAACCGACCACAUGAUCAAGGUGAAGUGGCACAUGCAGGAAGCUGUCGCUGGGAUUCCUGUGCUGGAUGAUUUCGAGGUGUCUCUCUUCCCUCUGAAAGUCCAGCUGGAGCGCGAGCUCGGCCAGAAAGUGUUCGAGUACAUCUUCCCUAAUGUGGGGACCGCUGCGUUCGAGAACGGAGGCUUCUCGCCAUUCAUGAUCAAGAACGUGAAGCCCCUGGAGGAUUCCGACGAGGAGGAGGAUGGCAGUCCAGGCGAAGCUCCCAGUGCGCCGGAAAAUAGCGACGUUUCGACCGACGAUCUCCUGACAAAGGGGCCUGGCGCUAUCGAACUCAGAUUGCACCCUACGCUUUCAUUGUCGGAAGAGGCGCGACCUCGGACCCAGGGCCGGCUGACUCAGUCGAGGGGUCUCGCGCUGACACCGCUUAACAAGGACAACAAGCAGUCUGACGGACUCCGUCGCCCGGCUACAAGCGGCGCGUUGUCGAAGAAGAAGUCGGGUGAUAGUUUGCGGCUCUUGUCGAGACAGCAGGCUACGGAGAAACCCGCUGUCAAUGGAUCCACGCCUAAAGAGGCGGAAGAGAAGGGUAGAAAGUUUGCGCUCGCGAGGACCAACAAGGCAAGUAAGAGCAAGGAGGCAACGGACGAUCUGUCGCAAAUGAUGUCUCGCGCUUCGAACUACAUGACGCUCGCGCAUGUCAAAGUCCACGACGUGGUGCUCUGUCUGAGCUACAAAGGCAAAGGCGACCACAAUUUCGAAGACCUGCACGACUUCGUCUUCCGGCUGCCGGUCCUGGAGUACCGCAACAAAACAUGGUCCAACCUGGAUCUCGCCCUGCGAUUAAAGAAAGACGUGAUCAAGGCCCUCAUCUCGCACGCGCCCGCAAUCCUCGGCAACAAGUUCUCGCACCACCGUCCCAACAAGCAGCAGCAAAAGAAGCACCGCGAGAUGGCAAACACGUUCCAGCUCCUUCAUAACCCGGACAGCUCCGCCGCAACCAUCUCCGACAAAAGCAUGGUGAGCGCCGACUCCAACAGCGAAUCCUUCGAGUCUCGAUCCCAGCGGUCACAACGCUCAGACGUCCAGUCCGGAACCUUCCCUCUCGGACGCUCGAAUUCCAUGGGCUCCAGCAUGCUCAGCACCCCUGAGUCCGGCCUGGCGUCGGAUACUCGCUCCGCGAGUGAGGUUGAUGCAGACGCUCGAUGGGAACAGUCUCGUCGGUUUAUCAACCCCACUAGUCGGCCGGUGACUUCGGGGCCGGCUAUGCCGCGUACUCAUACGACGAAAUACUGGGAUGGACCACCUGAUGAGGGUUCCAAGAGUACGUUCCGCAGCCUGGGCCGGAAACUGAUGCCAUCUCGAAAGUAA